AUGUCCUCACAGAUCAAAUCUAUACAAGUGAUCAUCCAAGAGACGUCGAAACAGGAGGGAGAAACACACACACGAUGGAAGAUCAACAGAAAACUACUGCCAUUAAAAAUGUACUACUUCUUCUUCUAUGGAGCCAGCGGCUCCUUCAUUCCGUUUAUCACCGUCUACCUCAAGCAUCUGCGGCUGAGCGCCUCCGAGGCUGGAAUCAUCACCGGCCUGUCCAUGCUGUUCGCCAUGUUGCUGAGAGCCCUGAUCGCCAUGUUAGCCGAUCGGUUAAGCGCCAGGAAGACAGCCUUGUUGAUCUGUUGUUUGGGUUUUGGACUUUCCUUCUUCUCUAUGUGGUUUAUCCCGCACAGAAUCCUGCCACUGGAACCAUCUACAAACUACAGCAGUGGCAGAUCUGUUGCUCAGCAACACCAGCAAGAUAACAUCGACACCUGGACUUGCUGGACAGAGACUGGACAAGAAAUCUGCAGCUACCCAGCAAGUCUGAAUUCUUGCUGGUGUAGAAUCGCUGACAGCAAAAAUAUGAUGAAUAUGACUGUAUAUCAUCGCCGGGAUGCAUUUGGGGCAUUUCAAACAGAUGAGCAUGACUUCAAUGUGUCUGACAUUCAAAGACACCAAGCAGUUAACAGUACUGAAUAUACCAUUGAUAUUCCCCAUCUAGAUCUCAAUGAUAAAGUAAAUCAGCAGAAAAAUACAAAGGAAAUAUUCUAUGAAUUUAAUGAUCACUCUGUGCCAUGUUUUUACAUAGAUUGUGAAAGUGAACCUGUAAAAACAUCACCCAAAUCUUUAGAACGUUUAGAAGAUGCAGCAGUGUUACAAUUUAAAGACCAGGAUAUUCGUACUGUCAGUAGUCCUGCGGGGAAUUUACAUCACCGAAAUCCGUCGUAUGAAACAUCAAGAACUGGCCAUAGCACAGUGACAUGUUUAUUAAAUUGUACUCGAACACAAAUGACUAAGAAUACUUUCCAUCGUGAGAAUCCUGGCCAUGAGUUACUAAAUGUUACUGAAGAAAAGAGAUCUCUUUCCAGUUCCCAUCACAGAAUUAUUCCAGAUUUGGCAUUUUCACUAUCAUUUCUUCUCCUCAUUACUGGAAAAUCCCUGUACUCAGCUUCGACGAGUCUCAUUGAUGCGGUCACAUACACCAUAUUGGGGCCUUAUUCUUUGAAAUGGGGCCAGCAGCGACUGUGGGGAACCAUUGGCACGGGAGUCAUUGUACUGUCCAUUACAGUGGUCAAUGAUAGUCGCCAGGUGGAGAGUUUUUCUGGAUUGUUUAUCGGCUGCAUGGGACUGAGUAUUCUGGCAUUUCUGAUUGGCUUGUUCAAGCUAAGGGCAGACAAGAUACCAAAAAACAAGAUGUUCUUCUCUGACUUAAAGAAACUGCUCAGUAGUGGUGCUGUACGGCUGUUCUUAGUCAAACUGCUGUUCUAUGGCAUCAUGGCAGGAACAGCGCAAAAUUUUAUAUUUUGGUUCUUGGUCGACAUUGGAAGUGCCCAAAUUACCCUGGGUGUCUGCCUUCUUCUGUACUGUGUGGCUUCGGUGAUAAUUCUCAGAUGUUCACGCCUAGUUCUGCGAAAGCUCGGUCAGAUUAAAGUCAUGUAUCUGACACUUGUUGCCUAUGCCAUACGGUACCUAGUGUUGUCUUUCCUGACUAAUCCUUGGAUGGCGCUGCCUGUGGAGGUCCUGCACGGAGUGACUUACUCUUUAUUCUGGGCAGCGGCUUCUUCAACAGCCAGUAUGGUGGCACCACCUGGUACACAAGCUUCAAGCCAAGGGCUGGCCGGAGCUAUGUACUGGGAUUUAGGUAGAGGUAUUGGAAUUGUGAUAGCAGGACAGUUGCUGCAUUUGUUCGGUGCUAGAUGGACCUUUAGGGUCUACAGCUUGCUCUGUGUAGCUGUGCUGCCUGUGCUUUGGAUACUUGAUCGAACUUGGACACUUCAGAAGUUGCAGUUUAGGCAACCAGAUGACGAUAAAGAUACUCAGGAGGAUUCAAAAAAUGAUUUUCUGUCUUGCAUGGAAAUUCAGGAACCCAAAAAUGUUUCUGCUGUGGAUGACAAGAAUGCUCAUUCUAGUGAUGUAGAAUUGGCUCAUACACAACAAACUUGUGUUGAUAAUAGGACAUUACACUCAGAAGAAACAACUACAGUGCCUGUGAACUCUUUUAUUGUUUUAUGCAGUAAUGAUGUUUAUACAUCUGAUCAGGUUUCAGUAAACAAUAGUGGAAGUCAUUCUACUCAACCUUAUGCAAAACUUUCAGAGAACAAAAAUGAUGAUAGUGUGUGUGAAACUGGAAACAUAAGUAUAUCUGUACAAAUUCUUGAGACUGGUGCAAAGCAAGAAUAUCGAGCAGAUGCUAGUCAUUAA